AAGUAACGCUCAUUCAUUAUGCAUGUCGCGGUUCUGUUUGCUUAAAGCGAAGCAUUUGAAGGUGAACUCAUUUGGAAAUGCCUCAUCCAUCCUCUUUGAGCAAAAGCUCUUUAUCUCGGAGCAGAUUUGAAUCACAACUCAGAAGCAUUGCAAUACAACAGGCAGAAGAUGAGGAAAAAAUGAGAAACGAACGAAUGAAGACAGAGAAAUUAAUUGGCCAGCUGAAAGCAGCUGAAGCUAGAGGCCGACUACGUGUCAUGCGGAUUAGUUUCCAAACAGCGAAGACACAAGAAAUUAAACACCUUAUUGCCUGUCAAAAAAGUGCCCUGAAAGCUGUCCGGCUACAGGCCCUUGUCCCUCCAAAGCAAACCAAAGGAAACAUGAAAGAUCUUCUGAGCAAAGUCGAUAGAGACAGAGUUGAACUUUUACUAAAUGAUUAUGAAGGUUUGCUAACCAAUCGCACAAUCUAACGGGGGAAGAACCGAACACAGCUAAGCCGUAUUUUAAACAUCCAGUGACAAUUAAAAAUAACAACA